AUGUAUAGUGUUUUUUGGUCGUGUUUGUCCAAUUGCAACUAUUAUUGCCAGCAGUCCAUCACUAAUCAGCGUGCACAAGAGAAACUUCCCAUGGUACAAUUUUAUGGCAAAUGGCCCUUUCGACGCAUUAUGGGUAUACAGGAACUUGCCCUGGUUGUAUUUAGCUUGGGCAAUCUCUGGGUCAACUGGACCAAUUUGAAGAUGAUUACUAGGCAAUACAAAAAGAAUAGCAACAACAAUACCAGCACCACCAGUUUAACCACAAGCACCACCACCAGCAGCUAUCCAAACAAUGGCAAGAGCAACAAGGGUUUAGGUGCAUACACCAAUAACCAUUACCUUGGAAAACAUGAGGAAGUUAGGGUGAUGUACUGGCAGUAUAUGGUGCUUUUAGCAGUGAGUUGCAUGGGGUGGAUAUUUAGCAUGAUUUUCCACACCUAUGAUAUUGGUGUGACGGAAACGUUGGACUACAUUGGAGCCUUUGCCAUUAUCUUGGCCAACUUAAAUGUCAUCACGGUAAGAGUUUUCCACUUGAACCACAAAAAGAAUUGGAGCAAACUUUUGAUAUGGCAAGGAGGAUUAUUGAUCUUAUACACAUAUCACGUUAUUCGACUAUACAUGCACUGGGACUAUGCGUACAAUAUGCAAAUCAACAUGAUUAUGGGGUUCAGUGCUAUGAUCCUUUGGAUAGUACAUUCCUUACAAGUUGCGCGCAAGUAUAGAGCCAACUUUGUUAUAUACAACAACUCGAUCCAACUAUUGCCUUAUGAAACAAAAAUUCUUGCCAAGUUGCACUAUUUGCGCAUUUCCAAGCUGUGGUUGAUCCCAUAUAUCCCCAUCAUCAAUAAUUGUAUAUUAGUAUGUGGUAUCCUUCUUGAAGUGAAUGACUUUGAGCCAUGGUGGCGUUUGGUUGACGCACACUCCUUAUGGCAUUUAUUGACCAUAUUCCCCAAUUUGAUUUGGUUUGAUUGGAAUGUGUGGGACAUUGAAAUGACAAAAUUGUUGGAUUAA